GGUAUUUUGAUUUACACUGCAUUUUGAAAUUUAUCUUCACUUACAAUGCCACCAGCAAUUGGAGGUCCAGUUGGAUACACCCCCCCAGAUGGAGGCUGGGGAUGGGCAGUGGUUGUUGGAGCUUUCAUUUCCAUCGGCUUCUCUUACGCAUUUCCCAAGUCUAUUACUGUGUUCUUCAAAGAAAUUGAGGGUAUAUUCAAUGCCACUACCAGUGAAGUAUCUUGGAUAUCCUCAAUCAUGUUGGCUGUUAUGUAUGCUGGAGGUCCAAUCAGCAGUAUCCUGGUGAAUAAAUAUGGCAGUCGCCCAAUCAUGAUUCUUGGUGGCUGCCUGUCAGGCUGUGGAUUGGUUGCAGCUUCUUUCUGUAACACUGUAAAGGAACUUUAUGUGUGUGUUGGAGUCAUUGGAGGCCUUGGACUUGCCUUCAACUUGAAUCCAGCUCUGACCAUGAUUGGCAAGUAUUUCUACAAGAAACGACCACUGGCUAAUGGACUGGCCAUGGCAGGCAGCCCUGUGUUCCUCUCUACCCUGGCUCCCCUCAAUCAGGCUUUCUUUGGUAUCUUUGGCUGGAGAGGAAGUUUUCUAAUUCUUGGCGGCUUACUACUAAACUGCUGCGUAGCUGGAUCUCUGAUGCGACCCAUAGGGCCCACACCAACUAAGGAAAAGAAAACUAAGUCUAAAGAAUCCCUUCAGGAAGCUGGGAAAUCUGAUGGGAAAAAAAGUGCAGGUGAUGCGAAUACAGAUCUUAUUGGAGGAAGCCCUAAACAGGAGAAACAAUCAUUCUUCCAAACAAUUAACAAGUUCCUUGACUUAUCCCUUUUUAGUCACAGAGGCUUUUUGCUUUACCUCUCUGGUAAUGUGCUUAUGUUUUUUGGAUUAUUUACACCUUUGGUCUUUCUCAGUAAUUAUGGCAAGAGUAAGCAUUACUCUAGUGAGAAGUCAGCCUUCCUUCUUUCCAUUCUGGCUUUUGUUGACAUGGUUGCCAGACCUUCCAUGGGACUUGUAGCCAACACAAAGUGGAUAAGGCCCCGUGUUCAGUAUUUCUUUGCAGCUUCUGUAAUUGCAAAUGGAGUGUGUCAUAUGCUAGCACCUCUGGCCAACAACUACAUUGAAUUCUGCAUCUAUGCGGGAUUCUUUGGCUUUGCAUUUGGAUGGCUCAGCUCAGUAUUGUUUGAAACACUGAUGGACCUCAUUGGACCCCAGAGGUUCUCUAGCGCCGUGGGACUGGUGACCAUAGUGGAAUGCUGUCCUGUCCUCCUGGGACCACCAAUUUUAGGUCGCCUCAAUGACGUGUAUGGAGACUACAGAUACACAUACUGGGCAUGUGGCAUCAUCCUCAUUUUCUCAGGAAUCUAUCUCUUCAUUGGCAUGGGCAUCAAUUAUCGACUAUUGGCAAAAGAACAGAAAGCAAUGCAGAAGAAGGAAAAUAACGAGGAGGAGACCGCGGUAGAUGUUGUUGAGAAGCCAAAAGAACUUACUAAAACAGAAGAAAAAUCCCUGGAGCAGAAAGACACGGAAGGAAGUCCCAAAGAGGAGGAGAGUCCAGUCUGA